UGGGACGGCAGCACCAACAUCCCGAGGGAUCCGUCGGAGCUCCCCGGGUGCCUCCCGCUCCCCAGCCCCGGCUGGUCUCUCGAUCCCGUUUUUGGGAUCCUUUUCCCCCCGCACUGCCCGGGGCGGUGGUGGCGGGGCGGGACCGGGGGCGGCCCCGGGCACGGUCCCCCCGGAGCGGCGGCGGGAGCGGCGGAGCGGAGAUGCCGUACCUGCUCAUUAGCACCCAAAUCCGCCUGGAGACUGGGCCCACCAUGGUGGGCGACGAGCACUCGGACCCCCACCUGAUGAGCAUCCUGGGGGCCACAAAGAGGAGCACGCUGGGAAACAACUUCUGUGAGUACUACGUGAACGACGCUCCGCGCGUGGUCCUGGACAAGCUGGAGAGCCUCGGCUACCGCGUGGUCAGCAUGACCGGCGUGGGCCAGACCCUGGUCUGGUGCCUCCACAGGGAAUAGCCAGGGAGAACCCUGCCUUCCACCCGGACAACAUCCUGCUGGAGAUCAUCUUGUAGGACUGGUGGCAAAUUUUUCCCCCUUAAUUCCUUCCUGUCCCAGACUCCAGGCGCUCGGGCAGGGGUAGGAAUGGUGCAAAGGCAGAGCUGGACCCAGUGGAAUUUCACCAUCCCUGUUCCAUUUCCCAAGAGCAGGGGAAGGAAGGUAUGCCUAGAAUCAGGCAGAGGGAACAGAUGGCUCCAGCUCUGCCUUCAGCUGGGUGUCAGUCUGGCAACUUCCAGCAUUUUACAUUUUAAUCAUGUAUUCAGCAUGCCCUGGAGGAAGCUCAGUAACAACAGCCCUGUUUGCCUCCUCCUCAGGCUGCCCUGGAGAGCUGGGUGCCUUCUCCCAGGUCAGGGGGUUAGGGAGGGACACCAAGCAUGGACACCAUCCCAUCUCAUCCCUGAAACCCAAGGGGAAACCACUAAAGUCAGUGCUCCAAGAAUCCCUUCCCUCAGCAGCACCACCAAAUUUCCAGAUCCCAGACUGCCAUCCAAGCCUGACACGGGAUUCCCAAAAUAACAGAGAGGUUGUGUGACUGUUCUAGGUGCAGGCUCUAAUCCUAACACUGCUGGAAUGUUUGGGACUGUGCAUGGAUCCUGCUGUGGGGGUAACACCAAUAAAACAUUGCUCCAAAGAGA